AUGCAGGCUCGGCAUGUAAAAGUAGAUGUUGAUAAUUUAAUCAGUUACUUUAUUGAAUCUGUGAUUCAUUUGUAUUUAUACGAAAGAAAUGUUUACCCCCGUGCUUCUUUUACUGACUUUGUCGCUUUUGGCCUGCAUUUAAAGACCUGCGAUAAUCCCGAUGUAAAGAAGUACAUUUUCGACUGUAUUGAAUCCUUACGACCCCAGAUUUCGGAGAUAGAUGAAUUGCGUGUUGUAAUUAAAUCUAUUUCGGCCAGUCCAUUUGAGUCGAAACCCAUUGAAUCACUUGUUUUACAGUUCAAUAAACUAAAUGAAGAGUUUAUCCGACAGGAUAUUUGUUUCUCGUUACUACAAGAAUAUUUUGCUACUAUAUUGAUUCGUUUGAAAAUUCUUGACUCUUUUCUGCAACCCCUAGAGUUUGAGACGACUUGGGAACCGUGGGUACAUUUCUGUUCGUCUUCAUAUCAAAAUGAAAAUCCUACAAUGUCAUGGAGUUUGAUACCAAAUAACAAUACAAAUGUUACUAAUUCCGGUUCAGUUUAUCCUAUCAAAUCAUUCCAAACUGAAGAUAUUCAAAUGCAAGUGUUUUUACUUCAGUAUUGA